CCGUCUUACACUGAGCAAUUUCUUGCACAAGAUAUAUUGCACAAUUUAAAUUGCAUAGUAUCAUACAGGAAAUUGCAUGCAAAAUUACAUUGCAACAAAUUAUUGCAUCAAAAAUAGAACCGGUGCUAUUUUUUAUGCCAGUUUCAAUGCAAUUUUAAAAUGCGCGUGCGCCGCUCGUUGAACAUGUGUUUUCAGAUCAGCUGUUUAGUGUUUUUCGAGGUGUUUUGUUUGACAAAAUCUGUCUUGUCUUGUUAAUUCCUUCAUUUAGUUAUUUGUGUUGCCAGUUUUGCGUUAAAAUGUCGUGGACACAUGAACAGAUUUCUUGUCUUAUUGACUUAUACAAAAUGCAUCCGUGUUUGUAUGUGGUAAAGGACAAAAACUACCACAACAAGCAUGUCCGAAAUGCUGCUCUGCUAACCAUACUUAAUAACAUUAAACCGAUAAGACCAGUUACCUCAGAAGCUGAUGUCCAAAAAAAAUUUCAUGGAUUAAGGACAACGUACGCAAAUGAGAGAAGGAAACAUUUAGCGAGUAUACACAGUGGAAUGGCCGAAAAUGAGGUUUACCAUCCGUCGCUGUGGUAUUAUGAAAAAAUGGAUUUCCUGGACGACCACCUUGUAGUCAGGAAAUCUAAUUCAAACUUUUUAUUGCCCGAGGAGGGCAAUGAAACAUCACAAACACAGGAGGAAGAUUUACUGGAUUCAUCAAUUAAUGAAACUAUUGUGGAACAGUAUGAAGUAGAUGACCAAGGAGUAUUGGUACCUUUAUCACCAGAAAUUUCCUCAGAUUUAAUACCAGAUCAUCAGAGGUCAGGAUGCAGUGGGUUAAAAAGAAAAGGCAUUUCAGUUGACACCAGACCUAGCACCAGACCAUCAUCAGCGGGAAGUGGCUCAUCUUGUCAUCAGAAUGAUUUGGAACUUGGACUUGGUGGAUUAAAAAAAAGAAGUCUUUCAGUUGAUAACAGGUCUUCAUCUGCAACAGGUGCAAAAGGAAAAAGUAAAAAGGCAGAAGACCCAGACCUAAAAGUGUUAGAAGCUGUGUCUUCAAGCCUUGAGGGAAUUACUGAUGCGCUUAAGCCAGGUCUCAAAAGCAGUGAAGAUAUAUUUGGGGAGUUUGUAGCUUCACAACUAAAAAAAAUAAGAAAUGAAAACAAAAGAUUGACAGUGCAAUAUAAUAUUCAUACUGUUUUGCACGAGGCAUUAUUGAGUUAAUAUUUUACAAGAUAUUUUAUGUUAUGUACCUAUAUUACAAUUAUCCUUAUUACACCGAUACAGUUUUAUUUUGACGUUAUUACAUAAUCAUCACUGUAGAGCACAUGUGAACA